AAAUUGCAACUUAUAUUUAAUAAUAUUUUAUUAAAUUAAUAAUUCGAGAUAAUUACAUUAUAUAAUAAUAUUAGUUACAGUUGGCUUCGUGUCUAUAAACAUAGUAAAUAGUUGUAAAUUAUAAAAACAAGAAAAAAAUAAAACAAAAGAGAAUUUUGUUACUCCUAUUUUUUAUAAUUAAUUUUUAAAUUUUAUAAUAAAAAAUUAUAUUAAAUUUAUGAAAGUAAAAAAAAAUUAAUUUAGAUUUGAACUAAAUUUUGUAUAUACAUAUAUUUGAGUAUGUAUGUUAAGUUUAAUGUUAUAUAAAAGAUUAACCUAUAGUUUUUCUGACUUGCAUAUUUUUUUUAUAACUGAAACGAUUUUUUUAUAUAAUUACUAUAUAUAUAAAAAUUAUUAUUAAAUUAUUAUUAUUGGCUUAAUUUUUUAUAAUUUAAUAAAAAAAAAUGAAUGGACAUCGUUCAAAUGGGAAUGAUGGUAUCCAUUACGAUGAAAUAUUAGAAGAAGAAACAAUUGUAACAUCAUCAUCAGCAUCAUCGCUAUCAACAGUAAUUAAAUUAAAUAAAAUUAAUGAAAAUGGCAAUGGUAAUGGAAAUGUUACAAAUCCACUAUCAAGUCGAUUAACGUUGUCAUCAGAUAAUGAUGGAUUUUCAACAGACGAAAUGUUGGAGUCAGAAAAAUCUAGUUUAGCUGGACGCGUACAUGAUCUUGAACGUAGAGUACUGACACAACAAGAUGAAAUUGUAUGUCUUCGUUCAACACUUGCUGAUGUUUUAAGACGUUUAAAUUUAAUUGAAGGAAAUAUUGAACGUAAUACAAAUUCAACAACAUCACAUCACUAUAAUUCACAAACAGAUCAUCAUAGUACAUAUAGAGGUGGUCGUAGUGCUCCAUCAACACCAGCACGAAGUGCACCAGUGCCAAGUUUUAAUAGACUGACUUCUCCGAGUCCAACAAAUAAUAGCUCAUCAUCAACAGCAUCAAGUAAUGAAUGGAAAUUAAGAAAACCUUUACCACGUUCAACACCAAAUUAUCAUCAUCAAACUGAAUCAUCAGCAGUACGUCGUCAUCAAACUGUUGUUUCAUCGGCGACACACGGAACAACAACACAACAAAAUUACAAUAAUAACAAUAAUAAUUAUAAUACAAAUCAUCAUCAACAACCACAUAAUCGAAAUAAUAAACUACAUCAUCAAUCGAAUGGUUCACUACAUUCAGAUUCACAUAGUAGUAGUAGUGUGUCGCCAGCUCCAUCACCUUCACCACGACCAAAUACAGUAAAUCACCAUGUUGGUUUAGGUAAACGAUGGAGUAGUACAGGUGAUUUUCAGAAUGGUGGUGUUGGCGCCGGUGUUGCUAAUGGUAGUGGUGUUGGUGUAGUAUCUACUAUUGGUGGUUCAUCAUUGCAAGGAAGACUGUCUGCGAAAUCUUUACUUAAUUUGUCGUCAUCCAAAUCAAUGGCAAAUCAUAUGUUAAAGCAUGGCACUCAUACUGCCACCUAUAAUGAUGAAGAAGGUUCGGUUAAAAUGUUCCUUCGUGGACGUCCACUAAUAUUUUUUGCGCCGUCCGAUGUUAAGGAUUCUUAUGAUAUUACAAAAGUUCAACCAGCACCAAGUAGAAAACUAAAAUUGGAUUGGGUUUACGGUUAUCGUGGAAAAGAUUGUCGCUCAAAUUUGUAUCAGUUACCAACUGGUGAAAUGGUAUAUUUUGUUGCUGCUGCAGUUGUUCUUUAUAAUGCAGAUGAACAAUGUCAAAGACAUUAUCUAGGGCAUACAGAUGAUGUUAAAAGUUUGGCAGUUCAUCCAAAUAAACUUCUAGUCGCUACAGGUCAAUGUGCUGGCCAUGAUAAAAGGGAUGCAACGCCCCAUGUUAGAGUUUGGAAUUCAGUUUCCUUAGCAACAAUAGCAGUUAUUGGAGCUGGUGAUUUUACUGGUUCUGUUAAUUGCUUAUCAUUUAGUAGAGCUGAUGGUGGAGCUAAUUUAGCUGUUAUCGAUGAUUCACCUGAGAAAAUUAUUUCAGUAUGGGAUUGGCAAAAAGGUGAAAAAGGUGUUAAAAUAACAGAGACCAGGUGUUCAGUCGACACUGUUGUAGCUGUUGAAUAUCAUCCUCUAGAACGAAAUCAAAUUAUUACUGUUGGUAAAAGUCAUGUUGCAUUUUGGACACUUGAUCAUAGCGGCGCAUUAUAUAAGAAAAUGGGUAUAUUUGAAAGUAGAGAAAAACCAAAAUAUGUCACUUGUAUUGCAUUUAAUCAAAGUGGUGAUGUUAUAACAGGUGAUUCGAGUGGAAAUAUCGUUGUUUGGGGUCGUGGAACAAAUACAAUAUCUCGUUUCUUUAAAAAAGUUCAUGAAGGACCGAUAUUUUCAUUGUGCGCUUUAAAAGAUGGUGGUCUGAUUUCUGGUGGUGGUAAAGAUAGUCGUAUUAUAAUUUUUGAUGAAGAUAUGAAUCGUGCUGAUGCAGAAGGAUUCAUUGAACCACAUUUUGGUGGUAUACGUGUCAUAAAUGAAGGAAAAGGAUCGCAAAUUCUUGUUGGUACUACAAGAAAUUGUAUAUUAAUUGGAUCAUUAGAUUUAGGAUUUAAUCCAGUUGUUAUGGGUCAUACAGAAGAGAUAUGGGGUUUAGCUGUACAUCCAAAUAUGGCACAAUUUGUAACUGGGGGAUUUGAUCAGUUAUUACAGUUAUGGGACGCUUUAUCACAUUCAGUUGUAUGGAGUAAAGAUAUUGGAGAACAAAUUCAAUCAUGUGCAUUUUCACCAGAUGGCGAAUUAAUAGCUGUUGGUGGUAUAACUGGUCGUUGGAUGAUAUUUGAUGCUCAAACAAGAGAAAUGCUUGCACAAUUCAUUGAUGGUCAAGAACCAAUUCAAGCUAUUCAGUUUUCACCAGACGGACAAUUUUUGGUUAUAGCAUCAAGAGAUAAUUUCCUCUAUGUAUAUCAAAUUGAUGGUUCAAGAUUUUCAAAAGUUGGACGUUGCAGUGGUCAUUCAAGUUUUAUUAAACAUGUUGAUUGGUCUGAAGAUAACCAAAUGUUAAGGAGUAAUUCUGGAGACUAUGAGACACUAUAUUGGAAUUCUGGAACAUGCCGUCAAAUUACAUCUAAUACUGCAAUACGUGAUGUAUCAUGGUCAACAAAUACAUGUACUUUAACUUUCAAUUCGAUUGGAAUAUGGCCAGAACAUGCAGAUGGUACAGAUGUUAAUUCAGCAGCGAGUAGCCAUGAUAAAUCAUUAAUUGCCUCAGGUGAUGAUUUUGGGCGUGUAAGAUUAUUCGUAUAUCCAGCGAUGCAACCAAAGUCCCUAGCACACAAUUACAAUGGUCAUAGCAGUCAUGUGACUUCGGUUGGAUUUUUGCAUGAUGAUACCAGAUUGAUUUCAACUGGUGGCAACGACACUAGUGUAAUGCAAUGGGAAGUUAUGUAAACGCGAUUGAAAAUUGAAAAUUAUUACAAUUUUUUUUUUAUACACAAUUCAAAAGUAUAAAUGUAUAAACACUUUUAUAAAAGAAAAAAAACAAAAAUGUUCAUUAACACUUUAAAGAAAAAGCUUUUCAAAUUUUAAAUACAAAAUUUUACAAAAUAAAAUAAGAAUAUAAAACUAAAAUUUAUGCCAGAUAUUAAUUAUGCAUAAACUAUAAUACAUACAUUCCAAAAAUUAAAAACAUAAACUUUAUAAUUGUUAAUCACAUUUUAUUAUUUGAUUUUCAAUAUUAUAGAAAUAGAAAAUUUUUAAGUGAACAAGUUUAACUUGUCUUGCAUUAUGAAAUAAAAAUUUAAAAAGAAAAUAUCAACUCAUACAGUUCAAUGUGAAAACAUUUACAAAUAAUUUCUAUUUAAAGGAAUAUUGAAUAAAAUCUGCUUAAUUAAAAAAUUUAUUUUUUAAAAGUCCAGUAUAAAUAAAAAUUAAAUUUUGAUU